CUUUCAUAUUAUAAAACAUGCUAUCGACAACAAAUGGGAGAAUUUAUUGAACAAAUUAUAAUGAACGGGUUUUCUCAACUUGAAAUGUUGUGUUUUAUACUCUUUUAUUCGUAGGACAAUAAAAAUUCACAUUAAUUAAAUGAUAAAUACCACCUAGGCAGUAAUGGAACAGCUGAAUGCAUGAUUGAAUCGUAUGGGCACUAACACUGUGUUAAUAGUAGUUAUUUGAGUAACAUUAUUCGCACCUUUAUACGAGAUCAACAAGAGAGCUUCGGACAAGAAGGAUGCAUUUCUUAUAUUUAAUUUUAUCAAUGUACGUGUUCCAAGUUAAAGCGGGGAAGGUUGCGAUCAAAGAUUAUAGAGUAAGAUUAAUUGGUGGGAACAGGAAAGAAGGACGGGUUGAAGUUUACUUAAACGGUACAUGGGGAGGAAUAUGCAAGGCUGGAUGGGACUUGAAAGAUGCCAGGGUUGUUUGCAGACAACUUGGAUUUAAGAAGAGCAACUUAAUCUCUAUUGUUGGUUUUACAUGGUAUGGUAGAGGUGAACAAGGAUACUCCCUGACAAAUGUUAACUGCAACGGAAGUGAAGAUUCGUUAAAGGAUUGCAAACAUGUUUUAGGAGGAACCGUGCAAUGUAAUUCAACAAAACUGUUUCCAGCGGAUGCAGUAGCUGUUUGCGAGCCCCGAAUAAGA